AUCUAUCUAUCUAUCCUCCUCCUUUUCUCUUAGUGUGUGUGUGUGUGUGUGUGUGUGUGUGUGUGUGUGUCGUCACUAGGGAGAGAUCUUCCCGUGGAACUAAAUCCAGCUGUUAAACUCCAGCAGUCCCGCAGCAGCCUCCGGACCUUGCACGCGCGCUGCUAUCUCCCUACACCGUCCCAUCGGAUCCCGCGGUUUCCGGUGCAGAGCCGGAAACUUCUCCGGGUCGGAAUGGAUGGAGCUGCGGAGCUGCGCGCGGAGUUCACUGACGCCGCGACCGGGAGACUCAGAUUCUCGGUGACCUUAACGGACAGAUGCCUCUCGGUGCGAAAGAUCGGCGGGUCGCCCGUGUGGCAGCACGGACAUGAGCACGCGCUCGAGCUCGGCCUCGGUGACUGUGUGGGAUGCCGCGCGUGCCGGAGCGAGGACGAGGCGGACAAAGCGGCGUAUCUGUCCGCUUAUUUCUACCCGGCGCGGCGCAGUUGGACCGGAGCUCCUGCUGGCCGCCAAAGGGUGGAGCACCGAUUCCGGGUCCUGACCGGGGAGGACGCUCGAGCUAACCUGGAGGAGGCGGAAAGGUGGGCGCGCGCUGUCAGACAACGCGCAUCACAGCACGUGCAGGGUCUCAGAGACGGUGUUGAGUUCAGUCGCGUGUGUGUCAGCCGGAGAGUGAUGGUGUUGGUGAAUCCUCAGAGUGGACGAGGCCAGGCGAUGUCUCUCUACACUGGCCCUGUACUGAGCAUGCUCACUGAGGCAAACAUCCCUCACACACUCAUCACCACAGAGCAUCAGAACCAUGCACGUGAGUUGGUAAGAAAUGCCGAUCUGUCACAGUGGAGCGCCAUCGUCAUCCUGUCAGGGGAUGGACUUCUGUUUGAGGUGAUCAAUGGUUUGAUGGAGAGGGAGGACUGGGAUACGGCGAUCCGCACUCCACUUGGCAUUCUACCAGGAGGAUCUGGCAACGCACUGGCAGCAUCAGUCCACCAUUACACACAAGCUGGCCCUGCAUUGGGUGAGGACUUGCUGCUAAGCUGUUGUUUCCUGCUCUGUAAAGGUCUGGUGUGUCCACUGGACAUCAUCUCUGUGCGUCUCUCCUCCGGGCCCCGUCUCUUCUCCUUCCUGUCACUCGCCUGGGGUUUCGUGGCUGACGUGGACAUUGAGAGCGAAAAGUUUCGCCACGUCGGUGCCAUGCGCUUCCUUGUGGGCACUCUUCUGCGUCUGGCAUCCUUACGCACCUACCAGGGCAGGCUGGCUUUCCUGCCCACUCGAGAGGAUUCCAGCUCAGCAUCGAUUUCCUCUUCUCCUGCUUCACAUCCUCAUUCCCUUUUUUGUUCGUCUGUUCGGUGUAUAUCGCACGUGCAGGGGCAGAACAGAACAAGUGAAAAUACAUGCCAUAACUCUAAUGGCGGUGACUUCUUACUAUCUGAAAAUGAGUCAAAGGAUGACAGACUACUUGACAACCUCUUGAGUCCUAUCGGAGAUCCGGUACCAAGAGACUGGACCAUAGAAAAAGAGCAAGACUUUGUUCUGGUUCUAGCGACCUGCCACUCUCACCUGUCAGAGGAGCUGAUGGUGACACCGGAUGCUCAGCCUGACGAUGGGUGCCUUCACCUGCUCUACGUAACAGCAGGAAUAUCGCGACCAGCCUUGCUUCGACUCUUCCUGGCCAUGGAGAAAGGGACGCACCUGACAUGCGAGUGUCCACAUCUGAUGUACCGGCGUGUCCAAGCACUGAGGCUGGAGCCAAUCACGAAGCCUGGAGUCAUUACAGUGGAUGGGGAGCAGGUGGAGUAUGGGCCAAUUCAAGCUCAAGUGCACAAGGGAUACGCCAGGAUCAUAUGUGGAUGACCUCUGCCUAAAAACAUGAAUCAGCUAAAAAGGCAAUUCUAACUGAUGGUGGAAAAUGGAAUCAACCUCAAGUUGGUCUUGUGUGGUUUAAAUAAGGUCUUUUAAACUGAUGGUUGAAAUGCGCUACUGAAUGUUCAAGAGCAUCAUGGACUACGCAAGCUGGUGGGUUUGUAAACUCUAAUACAAGUAUUUUUAAAUGAACAUAUGUCUGACUGAUAUUAUAAACCCUGGCAUCUAAGCUUAGCUGAAGCCCACAUUAUAACAAUUCUGUUUAAAACAACCAAGGCUACCUAUAUUGAUUUUUAUAAUGAGAACCUUUAUGGUGUAUCUGACACUUUUCUCCCGCUUUUCUUUUGCUUUUAAUGUCAGGAUGGUCUAGCUGCUGAGCAUGUCCUUGUGGAUAUACGUAUAUGAGUUAGGGAUCUCUAGGAGUUCAUUGUGAUUCUGACAAAAACACAUACUACCUGGCUUGAACCCAGGAUAAAUCAGUGCUACUCACUUGGAGUUUUAUCAACAUUUACCUCUCUCAUCCAAGUGUGAAUAUUGUAUAGAGAGCCCUAAUACAGGAGAGCAUGAGAAUGCCAUCAAAAUAUCAUUCAGGGAUUGCAUGGGCAGUGGAAAAUGGCCAAUGGUAUCAGGUGGUACAGACAAACUUGUUCUUUCUCAGUAGUUACAAGCCUUGUUCCUCAGUUUAGAUCAAGCCAUAAUAUGUAACUGAUUCAAAUAAUUAGUUUAUUCAGAACAUCCGGUUGGUGGGUUUUGACUGCCAGCUGAUAAUUUGGUAGCCUGAGGUUGGUGUUUCUAAAACUUGAACUGAAUUUUCCUGAUCACUAGAACCCCAGCUGACCUAAAGACAGUGCAUUUUAACAGAUGACUGAUUCUAUGGGUCUAGAUUUCCAGCUGAUAAUUUGGUGGCCUGCAAUUGGAGAUAAUUUCUAACAUGAAUUUGGUGGUCUUAGAGAUCCAGCUUGUAACAGCUCUCUUGUUGUCACUAGUUCCUGUCAUCUGAAUGGUAAUUGUUGCUUUAAAGCUGAAUUUUAGCAGAUAGUUUGGUGGUCUGAAGUCAGAGGUUAUAAACCUUCAAAUGAUAAUAUCUAACGUGUUGUGUGUUGUGUCUAGAAACCUGGCUGAUUAUUGCCGAUCUAAAGAUGGUGAAUUUUAGCAGGUCACUAAUUUGAUGUGUCUAAAUUUCCAGCUGAUAAUUUGGUGACAUGAAAUUAUAGAUCAUUCCUGAUCGGGGGCAGUCAGAGUUUUCGGCGUUGGAAUUCCGAUUACAAAGUUUGCGAGUUUGAAUCCCAGUGCCAACAAGAUCACUGUUGAGUUCUUGAGCAAGACCCUUAACUCUCAUCUGGUCAGUUCAAUUGUUAGUCGCUUUGGAUAAAAGCAUCUGCCAAAUAACUAAAAUAUAAAUAUACCCGAAUUCGAUGGUUCUAGAGCUUUGAAAUAAAUCCAUUUAAUUGGAGUCUAGCUACGAUGAGCAAAAGUUUUUUUGGUACUCUAUAUCUACAGUAUAGCUCAGACACUUCCCCUCAGUUCUUUCUACUGUUUUUUAUGCUGCAGCAUUUUACAGACCAGCACAAGGUGGAGGCUAUCACACUUCCUCAUUCCUUAGCAGAAGCAUCUAGGUUUAUGUUUAGGUUUAGUUUUUUUUUUUUGGACAGUUAUCAAGACAUGUUAGAAAAAGUAGAAAAGCAAAAGAAAGGCAUUACACACACAAAAAAAGCCAUUCUUACUAAUGGCACUGUAGAAUAGUCCAAUAAGAAAUGCCUUCUUAUUACCAAUCGUGUGUAUUAGAUUUUACUGCAUUUUUGCAAUAUAUUAGUAAUGCAUUGAAUUCCUACAGCAGUUACAAUGAAUUAUAAGCACAGUUUUUUUUAUGGGCUUUAACAAAAAAUAAUAUAUUUAGAAUUUACUCUCCUGAUAUUGAAAUGCUUUUAAUCUGUGCUGUUAUAUAAUAAUAGCAAUAUAUAAUAUAGUACAACUACUAUAUAUCAGUAGAGUGGGUGAGACUGUGGUGCUAUCUCUUGUACAAAAAAAAAAACAUGUUAAUCAGAUGUCUACUUUCAGUCAUCAAUCGCUCAAUGUUAGCUAAGAAUUUCAGGUUGCGUUAUUAAGACAACUACAUAAAAUGCACUUUUAUAUUUUUCCAUAAACAACAUUCUCAUUUGUUUUUGUUAGGUAAUAUUGCUGUAAAAGAUGCAUACCAUAAUAAAGUAUAUUUAAGUUGUUUUCCCUUUGGUGUUUUUCCCUGAAAGAUUUACAAACUAGAAAGUUAAACACAUUUGCUCUAUAAGAAUAUUAUACCUUGUUAUACAAGAUUAUACCAGAUAUGUUAUGUUUAAUGUGGAAAGUCCUGUUAUUAAAUGUAUUAGCAGCUAUAAAUAGUGAUACCAUCAACUGGUUUUCUUUUUUAUGUCUCAAGAAGAGA